AUGGUUGAGGAUUCCAGAGUGAGAGAUGCCAACAAGGCAGGCGACCAGAAGGCGCUCCCUGCGUCUUUGGUUCCCGAAGCGCCACCUGUGCUAACUUCUAAGGACAAAACGACUCAGCGACUAAUCGUCGUGCUAUCAAUGGCUUCUUUAGAGACACAUAAAAUUUCAUCUUCGGGCCCUGGGGGUGAUAAAUAUGCAUUACUGAAUUGUGACGACCACCAAGGUCUGUUGAAGAAAAUGGGCAGGGACAUCAGCGAGGCAAGACCCGACAUCACACACCAGUGUCUCUUGACUCUUUUGGACUCACCCAUAAAUAAAGCUGGUAAAUUGCAGGUGUACAUUCAGACGAGUCGGGGAGUUCUUAUCGAAGUAAAUCCUACAGUGCGUAUACCAAGAACUUUCAAGAGAUUUUCAGGUUUGAUGGUUCAGCUUCUGCAUAAAUUGUCUAUCAGAUCUGUCAACUCAGAAGAGAAAUUGCUCAAAGUGAUCAAGAACCCUAUCACGGACCAUUUGCCCACCAAAUGCCGUAAAAUAACGUUGUCGUUUGACGCACCCGUGAUCAGAGUACAGGACUACGUUGAGAAAUUAGACAAGGACGAGAGCGUAUGUGUGUUUGUUGGCGCCAUGGCUAGGGGGAAGGAUAAUUUUGCCGAUGAAUACGUUGACGAGAAAGUGGGUUUGUCAAACUAUCCACUAUCUGCGUCGGUGGCGUGUUCAAAAUUCUGCCACGGUGCUGAAGACGCCUGGGGUAUCCUAUAG